GGCAGUUCAGCUGAGUGCCAAGUCCAAAGACACCAAAACAGUUCACAGUUCAGUGCUCUGCUUCUGGAGGGGUCAGUUCUGCUCCAACAUGCCCACCCAGCUGGAGAUGGCCAUGGACACCCUGAUCAGAGUCUUUCACAGAUACUCUUGCAAGGAAGGGGACAGGUUCAAGCUCAACAAGGGGGAGCUGAAAAUGCUCCUGCAGCGAGAGCUCACAGACUUCCUUUCGUGCCAAAAGGACCCCCAGUUGGUUGACAAGAUAAUGCAGGACCUGGAUGCAAACAAGGACAACGAAGUGGAUUUUAAUGAAUUCGUGGUCAUGGUGGCGGCUCUGACAGUUGCUUGUAAUGAUUACUUUGUGGAACAAUUGAAGAAGAAAGGAAAAUAAAGAUAAGUAGCAGGCCAGUGUAAAGGCAGAAAUAUAUCCAAAGUUAUUUACUUAUUUUUCAUCUGUACCCUUCAGAUCU